AACCAUGAGUAAAACUAAGAGUGGAGCUCUGUGGGAGGAUCGGGAGGUGUUAUUUGAUUUGCCUUUUGCCUACCUAAAACUGCGUUCGGGCGAGAAGAUCUUCGACAGAAUCGAGCCAGUUGAGGACACCAAAGGCAACACAGGCACCAAGGGCCGUAUGGUGGUCACCAAUCUCCGACUAAUCUGGCAUUCUUUAUCAUCCCCAAGGAUUAAUUUGUCGGUGGGCCUAAACUGCAUAAUUUCCACCAGCACCAAAGUAGUGAACUCCGGUCUCCGCGGCACCACACAAGCCCUUUAUCUGUUGGCUGCAUACAGGUCCAGCCGAUACGAGUUCAUCUUCACCAACUUGGCUCCGAACUGCGUAAGGCACUACACGUCCGUCGCAGGUGUACACAAGGCGUAUACAGCUUCAAGGCCGUACCGCGACCUGAAACUACGCAGUGCCAUCAUCCACAAUAAGCAGCUCAGGAUACUGCCCUUAGAGAGGAUUUGUUUGAACGAGCACAGCAUCUGGAACCUGUCCAGCGAGUCAGGCAACCUCGGCACUAUGGUGGUCACCAACGUAAGGGUGGUGUGGUACGCGGAUAUAAACGAUUCCUUCAACGUAUCCUUACCCUACAUAACCAUUGACAGUAUCUCAACUCGCGACUCAAAAUUUGGCGAGGCUCUAGUAAUAUCGGCGCGGCAAAGUAGCGGCGGUUACGUUCUAGGCUUCCGGGCAGACCCGAAGGAAAGACUAUACUCUUUGAGAGACGAGCUGAAGGAAUUACACCGAGCUUACAGUGAGAGACCUGUGUUUGGAGUUGAGAUGAGCUGGAAUGAGCAACCCUCAGAACCGCCAAAAGACGACAUCGAAGAGCUGCAGGAAAUCGGCGAGCCACGUGGCGAGAUGGGCCCCAACCUCUACCUCGCGUCCCAGCUAGCUCAGAACAAGCCUGACGACGAAAUACAGCCGGUUUACAGCGCGUAUCUCGGGCUGGCCAUAGAGCCAUUGAAGGAGGGGUUCACGCUGAAAAGUCUAUUUGAAGUGCAGACCAGCUCUUCAUAGAACUGUUUA